ACCAUUUUAGAAGUCCAGGGAUAUGACCAACUUACUAUUUGUUUUUUUACACAUGUGUUUUCGUGUUUCGUUGAGCUCGGAUUCGAAAGGAAGUGCUACAUGUAGUUCAAGAUGUCUGAUCAGAAGUCUAAAGGAAAGAAGAGAUCCAAAGCCUUCUAUGUGCAAGGAGGAGGUUCGGCCAAUAAGCGAGGUCGCCGAGAAACCUUCAUAGAUGUUGGCAUGAUGGGGUUUAUAUUGACAUGUAACCGUGGGGAGCAGCCCUGCAUUAGAGAGGCACACUGCCUACUAGGGGAGUACGCUGACAAACUGUAUGGCCCAGAGAAGAUGGAUGCUGGCAAUGUUGGCUGCUCAGACAAUGAGUCUAAUUCUGAUCCAGACGACAUUGAGGCAAGUCUGAAGAAAGAAGUGGCCCAGAUUAAGCAGAAACGUGCGCAGAAACAAACAAGAUUUGAGGCAGUCAAUAGCGGUGCCAAGAAUGUUGUCUUCAUGAGAACCAAGACAUUACCCGAUCCAACAGAAUUAGUUCACCACUUGCUAACAGACAUCGCCACCACCCAGACAUCCAAAUCUACUCACAUAAUUCGCAUGCUUCCAGUAAACUUAACUUGCCGCGCCACCACAGACGAUAUCUCAAAGCACGUCCCAGAAUUUGUCCAUCCCUACUUCCAUGCCGAGGGUGUAGAACCAACGACGUUCGCCGUUAAGAUUAAAAUCCGAAACAACAAUGCUGUUCAGAGAGAUGAAGUCAUCAAACUCAUCGCUGGUAUCGUUAUGGGAAAAGAAAUUGAGCACAAAGUUCAUCUUGAUGAUCCGGAACUGGCGGUCAUUGUUGAGAUCAUUAGAAAUGUCUGUUGCCUUAGUGUCGUGAAGGACUUCAAUAAGUUGAAGAGGUACAACUUGCAUGAGGUCGUCUGUAAUGGAGGGACUGCUGUACCAGGCAGGAGUGCUAAGAAAGCUUCACCUAAGAAGGAAGCAGAUCAGGACACUCUGAAUGCUGAUGAAUCUGUACAACAGACGGACAGUGUCAAGGAUGUGAGCGGAAGUUAACCACGGAUGAAAAUCUCAUCCAGAGGUGGAAAGAAAUAAUCUCAAUUGGAAUACACAAGCUGAGAAGUGUACUGUCAGUAAUGCUACUCGGGUUCAAAUUUUGGGAAUAAAAAGUGUUUUUAUCAUUUUCUAUAGCCACUGUACUUUGAAGUGAAAAGGUUCUCAAAAUGCAUUAAGCUGCAAUGUUUCUUACCACAUAAGUUUUUAUUGCCUUUCUUUUU